AUCAGAAGGCAGUGAAGGCAGCGCCUGGUCGUUAGCGGUCCUGCUAACUUCACCGCUAACUAUGCCUGGAAAAUGUAAAUUCCAGGACUCCUGGCUCUCCAAGGGAAUUUACAAGGACUGGCUGGUGAAGGAUGUCCAGGACAUUCACUUCGCCCGAUGUAGAGCCUGUUGUAAAUCAAUCAAACUUCAGACCAUGGGCGAGUCUGCUCUCACGAGCCACGCAGGGGGAGCUGGCCACAAAGCAGCGGUGCGCAAGCUAAGAGAAGGCAAUUUGAUGCUGAUAAAUGCUGCUGGGCAGAUGAACGGCAGCGUGAGUCAGGCUGAGGACAACAAGGAGCAAGUGGCCAUCUGCCUCCAGCGUGACGCCUUGGACAGAGUAUCGGGCAGCGACUGGUCCGAUCUGCACCACAGCCCCACUUCAAACUCCACCUCCCACAAUGCAGAGCUGCAGGAUGUGAAAUUUCAUUCUGCCUACUUCUCACCACCAGGCACCUCCCAGCUCAUCAGCCAGCGCCUCCACUUGACUGGCGAGGCGGAGGAAACCCACGACUCGGUGGACCUGUCGAGACUGGAGAACCAGCAGAAAACAGAAGCUCUGGAGCAGCAGCAGCAGAUGAAGAUCCUGGAGUGGGAGAACAGGAUGAAGGUGCUGGCGUGGGAGCAGGAGCUGGUGAAGGAGAAGAGGAGAGCGGCCCGGCAGAAGGAGAAGGCCUUCAGGAUGAAGAAGGCGUACUACAAAGCCAAGCUAAAGAGGAUGGGCGAGGACGUGCCGCCAUCUUCCUCCAGCAGCAGUGAUGAAGAGGAGAGAACAUCUGAUCCGACAGGAUGAACUGCUUUAACCGUUGUAUUUUUACUAGUGCUUGUCUUGUUGUAUUCUUUUGUCUAUAUGCCAUGAAACUGUUACUAUUUUUAUACAUUGUUUUGUAUUUUAAUGCAAAGGGAGGAUUCUCAGUUGCUUUCAAUCAGCUGUUUUCUGCUAUAAGUGUGAGACGCCUUGGGUUCUUUUGAAGUAGACUGCAGUUUGAAAAGUAGAAGUACUGCUACUUAAAAGCACAAGCGAGAUGACUUGGGUUGCAGACUACUCAAAAGUAGCUGUUUUGAAGACUAGUUAGAUUAUUCCAUAUGCUCAAACUACCAAACAAACCUUCUGUAACGUGUCUUAAGUACGCCUUUUCAAAGAUAUUCAAAGUAAACCAAACUAGUUGAGUGUAACACCUCAUUUAAGAUCACCCUAAGUGAAAGAUGUGGUACUAAUAGAACUAUAAACAUACAUAGAAAUGCUAUGAAACAUUAAUACUUUUCACACCUUGUAGAAAAGCUUCCCAACUGUGUUUAAGGGUUGAGAUCAAAAUCACAAUGAUCCUGUUUUUAUCUUUUAAUCAUCACAACGUGUCUUCAGUAUUCAAAGUUACGAGAUGUUCACUGAUGUUAGAGGUUGAGGGUCGUGGUCUCUCAAGGGAGAGCAGAAUUUUAAAGAAUGUAUUGCGUUUACAUCUAAUCACUGCAGCUGUAGAAAUGAAACGACAUUCCUAAAUGGACAAUCUGUUAUCACAUCUGCAUCGCUUCUUUCGCAUGUUAACACGAGUAUUUUUGUCUCUGCUUUGUAAAUAAAUUUGCAUUUGGUACAAAGUAAGUGUCGACUACAGGCAAGUGACAAAUCAAAGAACACACUGAAUAAAUGAGUAGAGAAACAUACACUACA